GCGGUAUUAACAACGUGUCGUAUGCAAUUCAAAUUUUAUUUUAUACGAUUCGUGGUGUUAAAAAAGCUUAUAAAAAUUAAGGAACUCUAAAAACUUCUAAUUAUUCCUUAAAACGAUGGAAAAACUGGACUUUUAUCUAAUAUUGAUAUUUGUUUGUAUCAAUCUGAAUUUCAUUACGAAUGGUCAAGAAACUGAACAGCCAAUAGUAGAAAAACAAGAAUUACAAUCGGAACGAACUGCUCAAUUAGCGAAUUUACUUGGAAGAUGUCGGUUACGCUCAGAAACAUUUAAUAGUUGUAUGAAAAAUGUUUUUAAUGAUUUAAGAAUUUUCUUUCCAACAGGCAUUCCUGAAUACAAUAUAAAACCAUUUGAUCCACAUAAAUGUUCAUUUGUACAAGCGAGACGUGGUGAUCGUAAUGGAUUUGGUGGUUUUAUUUUAAUUUUACGUAAUGUUUCAGAAUAUGGUUGGACUAAUUCUAAAGUUACAAAAUUUCGUAUGAAUGAAGAUCAAAAUAAAUUUGUUUAUUCACAAUAUUUCCCUGACAAAGGAUUAGAUGGUUAUUUUGAAUUUAAUGGAAAAAUGUUUGGUCGAUCAAUGAAAAAUUAUGGUGUAUGGAAUUUAAGUUUAUCAGAUUACAGUCAAACUACAACAAUUCGUCGUCUUGGUGGACCCGGAAGUAUUUUAAAAGUUAAUGUAGUUGUUGAUAGAAUUGGUGGAAUGGAAUUACAUAUUUCGAAUUUUUUUGGUAGAGAACGAGAUGGAUUAAAUAAUUUUGCUGAUACAGUUAUUAAUUCAAUGUGGCAAUUAGGAUUACCAUUUAUUAAACCAUUAAUUAAUGAACUUGUUAGUACAGCAUUUACUGAUAUUUUUAAUGAAUCUUUUAGAUAUUUUCCAGUACAAGAUUUUAUGACUUAAAUUUUGUUAAUGUACAUAAGUCUAUAGUCCAUAUAGGCUCACUUAAUUUUAUAUAUUUAUAGUUUGUAAUAUAGAUGUAAAU